AUGUCAACGGCAGAAUCACCGCAACUAACCAAUCUUCCAUAUAAGGGCAAGUUUUCGUCGUUGGGGAAUCAGCAUGUAAGGAGUGACAAAUUGAUGAUUUUUGUUGUAAAAUACGAGCAAUUUAAAUUCCCUUUUACAUUUGCAACACAUGUUUUCAGCUCUACCAAACCUACUACGGUCAAGGAGUUUGCAUUGAGAUGUUGUUCAUCCCUAUAAUUUAUUUCUGCUUUAUGCUUCUCAGCUAUGUUGGGAAUGCAUUGGUGCUAAUAGCAACAGUCAAAAAUAAGUGAGAAGUUUUUAAAAUUGUGUCCCAAGGUGAAGUACUCCAAGUGCGACACUCAAAUUUUGUUUGAAUUUUUAAAUUUUGAAUUUCCCGCCAAGUUUGGCCUUCUGUUUUAUGACUUGUAAAAGCUGUAAAUGGUCUAGAAACGAGGUUAUAUCUGGCUCUGCAGACACCUCCUACAAUCUUUUUAUGCGUCCAUGCUUAUCCUACACCUUGUUUCAAUCGAUUCUCGGCUUUCCAGAACCCUCGUCAGCUCGAAAAGUUGGGCCGCAAAAACCUCGGUUGUUUCUGCAAAGCGCGAGCUAGAAAUCUCUCAGAUGCCUUUAAAAUAAUUCCUCUAAAUUUGUGCCAAGUUUCAUCAAGAUCUGAGCGUCGCACUUGGAGCACUUCCCCUGCAAAUAAAUUCCAAAAUCCAAAAAAAAAACUCUUUUUAUUUCCUCCAGAAACCUGCACGGUUCCUACAACUUCCUUCUUUGUAUGGUGUGCCUCGGAGAUAUGAUGCACCUCUCCACGCACUGGCUGUAUUUGGGCAACAUGGCCAGCGGGCACAACUUUAUUCCGUACCGUUUCUGCUUCUACGCGGACGCCUUCUUCCAAGUGGGCGCCACUCUCUCCAUUCUGAUGACAUUUUUCGUCGGAAUCGACCGCUUGAUUGGCGUCUCGUUGCCGACCAUUUACAGGAACUUGAAUCUCCUCUUAUACGAUGGGUUCUUCAUGUUCGUGGCGUUGGCGUUCUCGUUUUGGGUCUUCUACUUGGGCCUGCAACAUGCGUGGGGAGAGUUCGGCGAUGAGUGAGUUGGAGGGGUGGUUGCAAAGAAAGGCAAAUUCCCAGUGAAGGAGUUUAUACAUUUUCCUCAAAUUUAGCAUGUAUACUGUAGCUAGAAUUCAUAGUGUUUCCACAAAAGUUUAGCUAUCAGUUUGCAGGUGCCGCUGAGAAUUUCAACGAUCUUUGCUAACAAUUGUAAGUUGGAGGGACAUGUUUAAAAAACACCUAUUGCCCGAGGGGCAAUACACCAAUUUUCUUCAAAUUUGGCAUGCAUUCUUUUUGUAGCCUAAAUUGCAUCUCCGAAAAAUUUUUGACUUGAAUUUGCAGUAUCUAUCAAAAAUUUUUUGGGUCCCACCACGAAAACCUAAAAAUUUUUAAAUUUUAAAAAAAGGCUCUUGACUAUGAAAAACACCAGAAAGUUGUUGUUUGAGCGUAUGCAACGUAUGUUAAAAUCCAACAAAUGUUUGGGAUGACCAAAAAAAAUUUUUUUGGGUCCCACCACGAAAACUUGAAAAUUUCAAAAAUGGGCUCUUGACUAUAAAGAAACACCAGAAAAUUUUUGUUUGAGAUUAUGCAACGUAUGUUAAAAUCUAUAAAAGAUUUGGGAUAAUCAAGAAAAAUUUUUUGGGUCCCACCACGAAAACUUGAAAAUUUCAAAAAUGGGCUCUUGACUAUAAAAAAACACCAGAAAAUUGUCGUUUGAGAUUAUGCAACGUAUGUUAAAAUCUAUAAAAGAUUUGGGAUAAUCAAGAAAAAUUUUUUGGGUCCCACCACGAAAACUUGAAAAUUUCAAAAAACGCCUUAUUAUGUCAAAAUAACAUAUUCCCAUUUAAACCUUUACUAUUUACAAGUUUUUAUCGACUGAAUAAUUUUUUUAGACCAGUCCAAUGUCGAAUAAUCGACAGUUUCGGCGGGACAGCGGGCCAAGUCUGGUUCCAAAUGUGCGUGCUUGUCAACCUGCUCGACAUAGUUGUCUAUUCCAUCGUUUGGCUUCUCCUUCGUCGCCGAGCAGGACAAUCCAAUACAAUGAAAAAAGUGUUCAAAUCGCUGGCUGCGAUCAUGGUUACGGUAGUUGUGGGCUGGCUGCUGGAAGGUUUCGUUAAAGCCAUCCUUUUGCCUCUGGCGAAUUUCCCAAUCAGCCAGUGGUACUAUUGGGAGUCGAUAUUCGGAAUUUUUAUAAAUGUUGCCUCAGCUUCGAAUGUGUUCAUCAUGUAUACGUUUAGGUAG